ACAGUUUUUUUAAUCAGAAAAUGAAAUCUGCUUCUCAUCCGCACUGGUUUAGAAGCUGCUUCUCAUUCGCACACGAAACUUCUCAAAUCCGCACCGAUCUUUGUCUCUCUUAUCUUCUUCUUGAGCGGCGGCCCUCGGUGGCUGAUGGCGCGUGUGGCCCCCGGUGGCUUCUGGCUGGCGUGGGGGAUCGGCGGCGCACGGGCCCUUCGACCCGCUUCCGAUGCCGCUCCACUCCCCUGCGCUGCCUCGCAGCUCGGCAGCUCCUCCGCACCUCCCGUCGCACUCACAAGGGCGCUGUCCGGAAAUUCGCCCAAAUCGACCUCGACCCAGCCCAUCUGCCUCCUCUUCCAGGCUCUCCAGCUCCCCCCGCUCUGCUCGCCUCGGCGUGCAGCCGUGUUGGCUGCUGCUUGGUUUUUCAGCGGAAGGACACCAUGUCGGCCUCAGCAUCGUCGCUGCUGGCGGGCGAGGAGAACAAGCAAGAGGCGGCGCCCGUCAGGCACUGCAAGGGCAUCAACGACCUUAACAAGGUCAUGCUCCUCGAGCAAAGGGCGUCGUCGCCGCCGCCGCCACGGGCGACUGAGCCACCCCCAUCGCAAUCUCCAUGGGUGGUUCACAGGCAGCUGUGAUCUCUCAAGUGGAUCAUCCCCAGCCAGAUGUACCCGCUGGAG